GGUGCGUAGCGUUGUUUCUGGCACUCGGCUUCUCUAAGCUUAGCCAAAAUGGCGGCACCCUUCUCGUAGUAUGAGACAAGCUUCCACCAUCCAUCUGCAGGUGUCUUUUUCAGAAAAUAAAGUUUUUCCACCAAAAAAAGAGAGACAGUCUUCCCAAGACCUUCUACCAUCUUGUAUACCCCAUCAGAAAGACACAGGAGCUUCCCACCUUACAUCUGAGGCUUCCGUGAUACCAGGGGACUUACCGAACGAUCGGCAGAGCUUAUUGGACAAACUCUAGUAGUGCCCCUUCGAUGUCUCAACGUGCGUAGGCCCUGAUCUUUGUUGGGCCAUUUUUGGUAUCAAUACCCUAAGAGCAAGAGGAUAGAUUUAUGUCUCUCUCUUGCUUGUUGACAACAGUUCGCUGUUUUAGUAUUGAUAAUUCCAAAGGUUGUACCUAAAUAAGAGUGACACUUCAUACCAUCGUUCGACCAAGUUCGACCUUUAUCACUCUAUAUAUAACUCUUUUUCAAUUCAGUGCACAGAUCUUUUAGACCGGCGCCGGGGGAGGCCAGCCUGCGACGUUAUAUUUGUGCAGAUAAAUCUGGUAAAAGUACAGUGUAUGCGCUGCGACAAAGGAACUACGAUUCAAUCAGGGUACACCAACCCCGAGCGUCAAAAAAAGAAAGUUAAGAAAGAAGAGUAAAAAGCGCCUUUACAGCGAACGUCAUGGCUCCGUCAUCCGAUGAGCCAAGUGUUACUGAGCGGGAUAAGCUCUUAAAAGAUGAUGCUGGUCCUUCUAAAGAGGGCGCCGACGGAGGUUCCGGUGAAGAAAAAGAUACGGGCGUCAGACUUGAGCGUAACCUAGGACUUAUGAGUGGAGUCGCUAUGAUUGUCGGCACUAUGAUUGGGUCUGGCAUCUUCGUAUCGCCAAAGGGAGUUUUACUCCGUUCAGGCUCAGUUGGUAUGACUCUUGUAGUGUGGGCCGGCGGUGGCUUUAUUUCAUUGUUAGGAGCGCUUAGCUUUGCUGAAUUGGGCACGUUGGUGACGAAAUCUGGUGGUGAUUACAUCUACAUUUUGGAGGCAUUCCGCGGCUGUGGGGUUGUAGGGCCGGUUCCUGCUUUCUUGUACGCAUGGACGACGUGCCUUCUACUCAAGCCGGCCUCGCUCGGCAUCACUACACAGUCCUUCGCUAAAUAUAUGCUGACGCCGUUUUUCCUCUACUGCGAAGAUACGCCUACCAUUCCCACAAAAAUGCUUGCGAUAUGGACGAUCAUUCUUGUAACAAUUGCCAACUCCUGGAGUGUGACACUGGCCACUCGCAUCCAGAAUGUCUUCACGCUUGCCAAAAUCUUUGCUCUGGUCUGCAUUAUUGCUGGCGGCCUUUGGCAGCUCGCGUUAGGUCGAACCGAAUACCUCGAAUCGGGCUUUGAGGGCACCUCAUGGAGCUUCAGCGACAUCGCCUCAGCUUUUUACUCGGCGAUGUGGGCCUACGACGGAUGGAAUAACCUCAAUCUCAUCACUGAAGAACUGAUUGAUCCGUUCGUGAAUCUGCCACGCGCAAUUAUAAUUGGUAUUCCACUGGUGACAACUUGUUACGUCUUCACGAACUUAUCCUACCUCACCGUUUUAUCUAGAACCGAGUUCCUCGCUUCAGAGGCCGUCGCUGUGCGUUUCGGCAACCAUGUGUUUGGAUCGCUCGCAGCCGUUAUCUCAUUAUUUGUCGCUGCCUCGACAUUUGGAUCGGCUAACGGAUCGACCUUCGCUGCAGCGAGGAUUUCAUUCACUGCCGCCCGUGAAGGUCAUCAGUUGAAGUUUUUCAGCUAUGCACAUGUGACUAACCUCACGCCCAUGCCAGCUCUCAUCUUGAACGCUGUACUCGGCAUUCUCAUGGUGGUAUGCGCAGAUAUCGGCCAGCUGAUCGAUUUUUUCGGAUUUGCAGCGUGGAUGUUUUAUGGAAUCGCCACUUUUACUGUGAUCAGUAUGCGUUUCACGAAGAAAGACGACCCACGCCCAUACAAAGUACCAAUCUGUAUUCCGGUGCUAGUGUGCAUAGUCGCAGUUUACCUCGUAGUGGCCCCAAUCGUGAUGAAUCCUCAGAUGGAAUAUGUGUACGCAAGCGUAUUUAUCCUAUCAGGCAUCCUGUUCUAUGUGCCAUUCGUGCACUUCAAAUGUCGACCAGCCAUCGCUGCACACUUCACGAAGUUUGGCCAGAUUAUUCUAAACGUUGUGCCAACAAUUAGCCCAGAAGAGGAAGGGAAACUCAUCACUGAAACGAGUAACUUGUAAUUGAGUUAGUAAUUAACUGUAUAAUCAUCAGAUAAAGCACAAGGCGAUCAUCUAUUGAUCAGUUACAAAGGAUGAUUAUCAUUGUUAUACAGUGAUAAUAGAAAAAUAUUAGCUAAGGGAACAAACUUGUUCCCAUAGUUAUGGUUCACUUCGCAAAAAAGGAAAAGCACCUGAUAGAAUGUGGUAAGCUUAUUAGUUUGAUGAUGAUCGAAGGAUGAACUUAGAGUCCGAUUGUUAAGUUGUUUAUGAUCGAUGAUUUCAUGACAUGUACAUUAAGUAUGUUACUUCCGCGAAGAAACACGACGCAAAUACAGCGAAUCGAGCUGUUUUUGCCUGUAAGAUAAUCUGUACGGUAAAGAUUGCCGAAACAAACACACUUAUAAUCACCAGGAUCUGUUCAGAGAACACAAGCGGGAUUGUGACGUUUAGCAACGAUGAACUAUGUAGAUCAGAUCCUACAAAUCUAAUAUCAAUCGUGACUUUGGAGGGCCGAAGGCGGAGAUAGCGCCCUAGGAACUGAACCGCAAUAAAUAUCAAAUAAAAAAAACACUUAGAUUGACCUUUAAUUGACACGUGGUUUUUGUAAUAGCCAGUGGUAUGUUGUGUUGAACCGUUAGGUAAAAAUAUCGGAUAGGGUUUUAGCACGAUAUGCAGUAAACGAAAUUAUCGUAGAUUUUUUCGCAGGCGUUAAUCAACCCAAGUAAGUCUGGCCUAAAUGUUUUUCUCCACGAUACGGCCACACUCGAUUGGAGAUUUGCUACCCUUCCGCAAUCUUUAUUGACUAAUGCUUAUCAUUUCCUAUUAAUCAAAGUUGCAGUGUAAAUUAUAUGACUGAAUCAAAGACGACCUGUGCUUCCUAGUUGUGGGCAUGUAGUCGAAAAUUUCAAUAGGCAGUUGUUUUUUCUUAUUCAAGAACAUCAAAGAUUCCUCCAGCGGUGGGGUGUCUUUGGCCUGGCUGGAUUAUUAAAAUCCAGCCGCACAAUAAAAUAUAUCAUGUGAUUAAGUCAUUUAGUGCUAACUUUCGUUUCGUAUGAGAGGCUUAGGAUGAACCCACACACAGUUAAACUUCCUGAUUAACUUCAGAAUGUCUACUCGUAAAGCGAAAACACUUACAUUGUGUGCUAAAUAUCAUCGUCUCGAUUCGGCAAAAAAAAGAAAACGGCACUGUUUGCGACUUUGCUCUCGGAAAAUGCUAAAACGGCAAAAAUCAUAUCAACGGUGGUUGUUAGCUCGGCAAAGAGUGUAUCACAGUUAUCGAAAUCGAGUGAACUAUAAAGUAACAAUGGCACCUUCGUUUACGAAAAGCGAUUCAUGGUGCGUAGAUUCAGUGCGUAAGUUGUCCUUAAUGUACUACAACAAAAAUUACAGGCCAUAUAAUAAGCGUGCACGUUCUUGUAUUCGAUCCACGAAGUCAUCAACAAGUGUACGCAUGUACAUACAACGGUGUGCGGUAAAAAAUAAAUUGGCCUGAGUAUAUACUGAACAUGGCAGAUUAAUCUGUCACAACGCUUCAAAGGGUCGUAGGAAAAAGCCUAGCUGGCUAAAUGAAUGAGAUAGCGCGUCCUAUUGUUGACUGCGUUUUGGAGCAGCGUUCCCGGUGCUGAUGACGAUAUCUUUCAAAUAAGUACGUUGUCGUUCCUUAGAAUAUGAUAAAUAAACAGCCAUAAGUUAGUACGCUGCAUACAUUUCAUUCUCCGCCUAUUUCUAACUGCGGUUACGGCAACGAUAAUAUGUAUCAACUAACAUUAUAGUUGAUAUCACAGCGGAGGACAAGCGGACUACUCGUCUACAUCAGGACAACUUACUUAUUAUUAGAGCUAACUUUAGAGUAUAAUACUAUAAUAUAUGAUACAGGCAAGAAACCAAAUAACUAUUUAUACACUGACAUUACAUAUAUACACUUAUUCAAUGAUAUACACACGAACUACAACGGAUAGUUUUCCGUUGUUCUGUGGACGAUGAAUGCAAACGGUAUUUCAUCGCGUGAAAUUGGGGGUGCGUCAAGGACCUCUAGGUGAUAUUAUUAGGGUUAUGAAACCAUAUAAUUGUAGUGGGUACCACGGUAGACUACUGACGCUCUCCUAUUUAUAGUAAUGUCAGCGUUAUAAAAACAUAGUAAAGGACAUAAAGCCAUUUCGCGAUAAGCAAAAGGAUCCCUUGUUUAAGUUGUUACGCCAUUGCUCCCUGUGUCUCACUGAAUACGCACGCACAGAACUAAAAAUGGCGUAGAAAGACCAUUACCACCUUGUUGGCUAAUAACAUAAGAAGAUCUGCUUUUUAUUUAGAUUGUAUAGGAUAUGUGUGUGUGUGUGUGUGUGUGUGUGGGCGUGAACGGGUUAUCUUUUGCGUUUGCGUUUAUAAAAAUAUCAAUUGAACUCUGUUUAAUAUUUUAAAUAAAUCUAAUUUACGAUAUUUGGUUGCAGAGACAUAAUCGGCGCACGCUGCCACAGUGCUGUAUAUCAAUUCUAUGGUACAUUUUGUAGAUUUUUGUUGUUUCAAACCAUUGUAGCCCACUGAUGGCGUGCGACGUGUUCGAGACAUAGACAAGAACUCAAACUUUUCCUGUACUUUGAUGCGUUUCCACUUGUUGUUGAUGUAGGCAACCAUUCAAGCAUGGUAGUUUGUGCUUGUUUAUGUCGUGCUUAAGUCUUCAUAUAUAACGCUACGAACGAGUGCCUCAGUUGUAAACGGCUCACCAGAGUAGAGUUAUACGGAACAGCAAGCUGCUUUCUAUGCUAUCGGGUUGAUGAAGAUGAUAAGAUUUGAUCUAAUAUCAUUGAAUACGUUCUAUACGAACAGAGAUAUGACAUAAAAAUCUAUGAGCUAACGCACACAGCCAUAUAUAGUUCGCUGUUGUUGCACUAGUUAUAGAACAGAAACGAUUGGACGCCACAGGUACCGUGCGUUGAUUGUCUGUGUGGCUGAAACACAGCGAAUCUAUUUAUCCAUGUUAAAUCCGUAAAAUAUAGAAUCCGGCUGAAUCUUGGAUUGUUUUUUUACUUGCAAUCGUCGAUAAGUGUAGCCGAAGUAGAAUGUGUAUACAAAAUGCUUUCAAGGGAAUUUUGCCGGACGCGCCUCCUAGCAGAGUUAUAUUUUCAUGUACAACUUAAUUAACCAACCCACUGAAAGACAAUGAAUUGAAAGUGUAACUCAUGAAUUAUAAAAUCGACGAAUUAAAUCACAAUUUAAUUUAUGCGUGUCAUGGUGAGAAUCUUCGUUAAGGAAUGGCAGACGCAGUCACCUGUUAAGCUUCAAAGAUAUUUUGUAUAUUUGGUAAUAUCUGCGGCUGUGUUGUUGUAAUAACAUAUUGUUUAUUUUCUAUUGCAAACAACUGCGGACUAAGUAGGGUAUGACAAACUGCAAUGACUCGGCUGAUAGAUCAAUAGAGUUUUUGUUAUAUCCGAGAAGUUAUAGCGAUGUCUCGACCCGCCGCCGGCGGCGGUUACAAAUGUAGACCCUGUCAUUUAUAGCCUACGUAUAUGUAUUAACAGCAGAAUAGGCUGAUUCUAGUUGAUAUAAAAAUCCAACAGAUUCGGACUAACGUAACGUGAGCAAAGGCGCGUGGUUACUACAGCAAUAGCGUUUGUACGUUUAGGAUCUUCAUUGGCGAAGAGCAAGGUUAACGUAACAAAUUGCUCAACAAUGAAUAAUAAUACGAGCUCAGGAGAGAUAAUGAAAUGAUCGUCAAACGUUUGCUUGCACGAUUAUAAGCAAGGUCGAUACGUUUUUUCGAUGGCACAAACACGACGGCAAUAACAGCAAAUAUAAUCUAAUUAUAACAUAUACGUAUAUAAAUUGAAAUAUAUCCAUUUAAGGUACAAUGGGGUAAAAAUUAUGUAAUCUAAUUAUGAAAGGCUAAACUAUAUUUUUAUCGUGCAUGUUAUAGAUGCAGCUGAUGGUGGCAAUUAUGAAGCUUUGAUUUUAGCAAUCAUAAAAUUAUGAAUGAUUGAACAAUGGAGUUCCAUUUCAUGUUCCGUCACACUCGAAAUGAACGCUGAGCUACCAUGUAAAAUUAGUGGCUGAAAAUAUAAAAACAUUUUGUAUUUCGGAACAAAAUGUAUCUACUGACUAUGUGUACGACAACUGAAAGCGACUAGGAAAGACAAAUAGGAGCCACGCGCUUGUCUAAUACGUAUUUAUGCGACUUGAAAUAAUUCCCAGAAUAGUUCAGAUUCGAGCGUUGAAGGAUUCAGUGCAUAAGUUUGCAGCUGGGAAACAUUUCUUCUAAAAUUGCCGAAAUGUUUUUGC